AACCAUCAUUUGGAGGUGUGUGUGGGCGAUUGAUGAUGAGGAUGAUGACGACUGACGAUAAUCAGUUUGAUGGAAAAAUAACAAUACUGAACUGGUGAGCAAGUGGAUCUGAAGCAAAAAUCUUUCCGAACCAGUGAAAACUUAUGAAAAUCGAAGAAAAUCUGCGGAAAAUGGUCGAAUUUGUGUUUGUGUAGUGAUAUUUCGCCCGUUUCGACAUGGAUUCCAAGAAGGAUAUCUACAAUUUGUGGAUUCAGUACACGACAAAGAAUGAGGAAAUCUACUUCCGGCAGUUCAUUCAAGGAUUUGUCGGCAUUUGGCAGAACCAGCUGCUGCUGGAUUUCGACAAUCCGCCGCUCUGGUCCGCGAUCGCUCCCGAUUCGGGACCACACCUGAAUCGGCUUCCGGAGGAGCUGCUGCCGGCAAUAGAGAAGUUCCUGAUCAUAGCCCGGGACAAGUUUGAAAAGACUUCCGGUGACGAUUCCAGCGAGGAACGAGACAAUGAAACUAUCGGCGAGAUUCAGCUGCUGGUACGAUGUCUGACAAUAAUCUGCCGUCAUUUCGAUAACAUCGGUACGAUCAUCAAGUCCAGCUACAUAUCCAGCUGCGUGGCCAUUUCAAAUUCAAUUUUUGACAAGUUGAACACAUCGACCCCAGUGGCCGCCACCCAGACCAUGUUCCUGGAGUGCUUUGCCCAGUUUCUCGAAGUGCUGUACGAUCCGUACUUCACGUGGCGCAACUUUUUGCGUGGCGAAACGGCCGAUUAUGCUAAACUUGCAUACAAAAUCUCGCCCAUGCACGCCGAAAUAGUGCCAUUCAUCUACGAUUGCUUCCAAACGAAGCAAAUUGCCCGGCAUCCGGAAAUAGGGAAACAGUUGAUUCACGUGCUCGGUGCGGUGAUAUCCGGAUCACAGGUUGCCCUAAUUCCAGAAUCGACUCAGACUCAGACCAUUAACUCUUACCAUCUAAACUAUCCCUCUGGUGACGGAGCUGCUAAUGUGGAUAACGGACUACGUGCCAUAAGUCCCGCCACAGUUACCAUAGUUAUGGAUAUCCUUUCCAAGUGGGAAAGCGACUCCGAUCUACGUCGUCUAGUGCUACAAUGUUUCUCCUUGAUGGCAAUCAUAUUGCAAAAAUCUAGUCCUGAACAGCGCCAAAUCGAUUUGCUCACAAUUUUUCAACUGUAUCUGGGAGCGGUUCACACCCUACUGGAGACGGAACAUUUCCUGCACAAGGCAUCACCGGCGGAAAGUUUCGAGGUGUCGCCCAAUGGUGAUAAUUACAUCGACGUCGGUGCGCUGAAUGCGAUCAUCGGCAUAAUAGAGCACUUCCUGCCGGGGCACGUCAACAGGCACGUUCUGUGCAAUGCGAUGUUCGAGGCAAAGUUCAUACCCAGUCUGGUGCAAAUUCCGGAGCGAGUGAAGUCCUGGCACAUCGAUCAUCAAACCCUGGGAUCAACGUUGGUGCGCAAUUUCCACAAACUUUGCAGCUGUUCGGAGAAAAUUCACUACAAUCUGAUGCACACGAACAACAUCAACGUGCUGUUCGAUGGUCUCAAACAUUUCGGACGUCCAUCGCAUGAUUUGGUGUGUGAUUGUUUGUACUUUGCCUUCGAAGGCGGAGACUAUCACAGUUUGAAUGCGCGGAUCGUAACCAAACUGGUGCAGUGGAUCCCGGCAAUGGCUGAAUCGGAACAGAACUACACCAGCGAUGUGCUGCUGAAGAAGUGCUCGGCCAGCAUUCAAAACAAACAUGCCAUCUCGGAGCAGAGGAUGAUCAAGUGUAUCGUAGACAGCUGCCUGACCGAUCAGAACCGGUUAACGGCGAAGUGCAGUAUUAAUUUGCUGAAGCUGAUCGAGGAACUGGCCAAGCACAGUAUUCACCCGAUCGAGUUGAAAUGUCUUCUGCGGUUGCUCAGGAGCGAAGUCAACUUUGAGUACAGGAAGCAACUGUUGGAAGUCAUUCUUAGGGUAUCGCAAUACAGACUGUCGCUUGGGGUUACCCCAGUCGAGUAUCUGGACAUUCAAAGCAAUACGAACGGAAUCACUAUUCCGGAAAUACGCAAAUGGGACACCGCCCAUGGUUUCGUGUUUCAUGCCUGGGUUCGGCUCGACAAGGACGUUGAGCAUUUCAGCGACGAGGAAGGAAUCAAUCUGCAGAACUACCGGAGACACCUGUUCAGCUUGACGACAAAUUUUGGGACGGGAUACGAGUUUUUUGUUCAGAAAAAUGGAAAUUUUGUGGUCAGCGUCAUCACGAAGAAAGAAUUUUUCACGGCUACGGCUCAAUCAACGCACCUGUUGGAUGGCCGGUGGCAUUCCAUUACUGUGAGCGUGAUUCCUCCGAAGCGAUUAUUUUCCUACCAUCAGAUUAACGUGUACAUUGACUCGGUGCAGAAGCUGGGAUCGACCAUGAAGUAUCCGGCAUUCGCAGAGGUAUUCUACUACUGUGCCAUUGGCGCUCCGUACAACAAUGUCCGGAAAGUGUCGCACACAUCGCAUCACUCGAACGCAGCUCGCAUGGCACCAUCGCCGGAGAGCACGCCGCCGCCAAUGGAAAAGGACGAAAAACCCAGAGGUGGCCUAUUCCCCAGCCUUAUGGAGAAGACCUUCUUCCCGGGGAUCGUCUCCCAAGUUCCCAACUACUUUACCCUUCCCGCUCGGCAGUCACCGUCCUCGUUGGAUCCCAGUGUGAAAUCCUACCCGAUCGGAAUGCAAGAUUUGGUGUUUGGGGAGGCAAUCAGCUUGAAGGGACAGCUGGGCAGCGUUUUACUAGCAGACACGAAUGUCAACCUUAAAAGUUUAUUCGAGGCCGGUCCAACCAUUGCCAAUGUGCUCGCGACGGAUAUGAUCGAAUCGUUCGACAUGGCUUCCAAAUUUGUGUUCUGCUUUUCGCCGAGUGCGUGCUAUGAUGGAUUGUGUUUGGACCUUGCGCCGGGAAAUCAAUACAAUGGCCACGUGGUCGCAAGUGUUUCCAGUAUACUGUCAAUUCAGAAUGCGAUCAACGGAGUGGGAGGAAUGAUGGCGCUUUUGCCUAUUUUGGAUAACAUUUGCAAAAUUCCUGCGUGCGAUAUUCCCACUUCGGAUGAACUACUUCCUCUGACACCGGUGGCCUCUCCGACAAGGGACGAUCAUUUUGGCGAUUGGGAAAUGCUGCAACCAAAUUCUUUAACCGAAAGUAAAAUUAUACAGAACCCUAUCGCAUGUUUCAUUUGCUUGGUGCGAAAUUUUAUCCAUGGAAACGACUUGAACAAGGAAAGCGUGCUGAAAAAUGAAGGAAUUUCUUUGAUAAGUCAACUUCUGCAAACGUGCAACGAGGCGUGGUUCGAUGUGAACGUUCUGAUGGCAGUUCAGCUUCUAAUCGAGUCGAUCCAAAACGAGAUGCCCUCCGCCAACAUGGACCUUCUGCACGUGCUCUACAAGGAUCUGGUGUUCAACUUCCGGAUAUGGUCCAGGGCGCCGUUCCAGAUCGUUAUUGGGCACAUUCAGUACAUCAGUGCUACCAUCAAAGACGAUAGGAAAUACUUCCGGAAACACUUCGGAACGCAGUUUUUGCUGGAUGUGGUUCAGGAAUUCUUUGCGGGGAAUUGCAAUCUGCCGGCGCAGGACGCCAAGAUGGUUCGCGAUUCGUUGCUGCGAAUUCUUAGAUACUAUCUGCAGAAGGAGGUCAACAUAAAAGAGAUAUCCUCCCUGCUAACUUUCCUGACCACGGUCAAAUCGGAACCCGUGGUAGUGGAGAUCAUCGAAAUGCUAACCCAGCUCAUCGAGGGAAAGCACGUCAAGGAUCAAAUCUUCCUGCUGAUGUACGAGCCGCAUAUGGCCGAAGCACUGUACUCGCUGUUCACGGAUCGACACUUCGGACGGGAGGUACACUCGCGUUUGCUGAAGUUCAUCAGUGGAAUGCUCAAUACCAAACGAAUCUCCAGCAAGCAUAAGGCGGCUUUACGACUUUACGAAAGUUCAAUUGAAUGCAACAGUUUGUACCCGGGGUUGUUUUCGUUUAUGAUUCCUUUCGAUAUGGAAUCGGAUGUGAUAUUGGGGUUGCUGGAUCUGAAUCUAUGCCUGGAUUCGGAAAUGGGUUAUGCCGGGGCGCUGUGCUUGAUCUAUCACGCUAAUUUGGCUAGUCUGUCGCUGAAACUGGAGAUAGCAAGGAGGCUAAUGACCAGCACUUUUACCAAACCGAAAGCUCCUCAAAUGAUAGCCAAACAGGUGGGUUGGCAGGAGUCGAUUGCUCGGUUGCUGAUCAAGAAACCGGUCGAGAAUCGAUCACUGUCGGAGAAGGAGAAGGAAAAGGGACUUAUAUUGACUGAUAUCGAGGAGAUCGUCAAACGGGAAAGUGAGUCUUCCAUUGGAAACGGUCAAAGUGACCUGAUCGUAUUCGACGAUGAAACGAUGGAACUUAAAGCUCAGGAAACAUCUAAGCAACCGAACUCACUCCUCACGGAAGCGGCUACUGCGAUUGAGAACGAAAUCAAAGAACUAGCAGAUAGUGUGCAAGAAGCAGUGGUUGACAAUAUCACAUCGUCGAUAACUUCGGUUUAUUCGGCAAUUCGGCAGAAGACCUCCGACAUCCAGGAUACGUUAGAAUCGCUGACGAUGAGCUUCGAAGAAGCUUCUGGGCGAAAGAAGAACUCUUCGUCGUUUUCCAGCAGCAGUGACGACAAUGCUUCGUUUGAUGAAUCGUUAGCAGUGUCCUCGGUUAAGGAUGACACGCAGUCCACGAGAAGUGUCGAUGAUUUGGACGGUAGUGGUGCAGCUGGUGUUAACGACGAGCCCAAUUUGAAGUGUUCCGAAGAAGAUGAUGAAGAAAAUCUAGUGUACCUUGUGUCGAAUAUACUGUUCACAAUUUUAUGGCGUGGUGUGGAAAAUUCAAAUGAUUCGUGGAAAGAACGUGGCCAAGUGAUGGCGUGUAUAAAUUUGAUAGCUUUGAACAACGAGUUGUACUGUUCGCACUUAAGUUUGAGGUUACGGAUUCUGGAAAUGGGUGUUCAGGCUGCUUUAAUCGACCUUGCAGAAAAUGCACAGCUCGCAGUGACUCAUCAGCAGAACGCUGCCCAACUCCUAAGGCUAGCGUAUGACCUAGUAGUGUUGGAUCCCAAUGAGGACGAUUCGAAAAAGUGUUCAACCAAGCUAUUAGAUGGCGUCCUGUCCCUCCUCGACAUCCUUAUGGUGUUCCAACAGAGCAGCUCGGACGACUGGUCUGAGAUGUCGCAUGUGUGUUUAGGUUUACUGCUGAAGUGUUCUCACAAUCCCAAUUCGGACAUUGUGGCGAUGGCUACGGCCAAACUACACGCCCUGUUGCAAAACCGAGUGAAUCAAGACCCCGCGGAAAUCGGUUACCUCCUGUAUAGUCUAAAUCAGGCCAUAACCAGUGCAAUAGACGUGGGCAAUUCCGAACAGUAUUCGUUUUUGAUACCGGUAUUGAAAGCGCUGCUGGAGAAAUCGCGAAUGGUUAUCGGUUUGACCACGAGUGCGCCGGAUUUACCUUCGACGUCGUCGGGACCGAUUUUCUUCCAGAACUUCCAAAUGUACUGUACGAGCAAGCAGUGGACCUCGUUCAUCGAGAAAAAGAUCAAGCCCCUGUACAGCACGUACCAGAAAGACUUAUCCAACUCGCUAUGGGAGCCGCUGAACACAUUUUGGGCCGAGUGCUACGAGUCGUGUAAAAUUUCGUCCUACCGUCGUGCCAAACUGCAGAUGGAUAGCCGUCGGAAGUUCCAGGAGAAAAUAAUGAUUCCCUGUCGCAUACGGCAAUCGGAGGAGCUGGCUCGACUCACGGUGCAGCAGACGCAGCGGAAGGCCAAAGAUGCACACGUCGACCGUAGGUGGCAGAUAUUGAAGCGCUUCUUGUACGGGCCGAAGGGCGCGUGGGCCAAACUAUCCUCCGAGGACGAGUACUGGCGUUUGUCCCAUCAUGAAAACAGCGUCCGCAUGCGGCUCAAGCUGGAGCCCGACCUGAACCAUGAUCCUCACACAGCUGCUUCCAAUAUGCGUGACAAUACCACCAGUACGGCGCAAACCGAACGUCUGUCGGCCGAGCUGAGCUCAACGAUUGCUCCUGCGGCACUUGGUGACGAAACAGUAGAUGAUGACAUUCUGCUACUGGAGGAGGAAAUGCGCAAUAAUGUGGAACCUCAGGUUCCCGAAACAUCCGGUAAGGAGAAGAUUGUCAUUUCCCAGGAGUGCGAGUUGAUAACGCUGAUGACAAGAGUCAAGGGAAGACUCGAUCUAACCACCAAUCAGAUAGUGUUUUCCGAAAUUAGUGCCAUACGUGACGAUGGUCAACGCCAUGAUUUCAAAUUUCCCAUUAGUCAAUUGAGGGAGCUUCACCUGAGGAAGUUCAACCUGCGCCGAAGUGCUUUGGAGAUGUUUUUGAUAGACCAGACGAGUUAUUUUCUCAAUUUUACCACCAAGACUCGAAAUAAGAUUUUUACUAAGAUUCUAAGCCUGCAGCCACCAAACAUUUUGUAUGGAUCGGGACGAUCUCCAGCGGAAUUGCUGCGAUCGUCUGGGUUAACCCAAAAAUGGAUCAACAGGGAAAUUUCCAACUUUGAGUAUCUGAUGCAUCUCAACACCAUAGCGGGUCGUUCCUACAACGACCUUAGUCAGUAUCCGGUAUUUCCGUGGAUAUUAGCGGAUUACACGAGCGACAUUUUGGACCUUAACGAUCCGAAGUCGUUCAGAGAUCUGAGCAAACCGAUUGGCGUAGUAAAUCCGAAGAAUGAGAUUGAAGUGCGAAACAAAUACGAAAGCUUUGAAGAUCCGUCCGGGAUGAUCCCUAAGUUCCAUUACGGUACCCAUUACUCUAAUUCAGCUGGUGUUCUACACUAUCUAAUACGAGUAGAACCAUUCACGUCCCUGCAUAUAGAACUACAAAGUGGGCGAUUCGACGUCGCUGAUAGACAGUUUCACUCCAUUCCCCAAACCUGGAAGUUGUUGAUGGACAACCCAAAUGACGUGAAAGAACUGAUACCUGAGUUUUUCUAUUUCCCGGAAUUUUUAAAGAAUCUAAAUCAGUUCGACCUUGGAAUACUCCAACAAACGAAGGAACGAGUAGAGGACGUUGUGCUACCUCCUUGGGCCAAAUCAGCAGAAGAUUUCAUAGCGAUUCACCGAAGAGCGUUAGAAUCUGAGUACGUUUCUCAAAACCUCCAUCAUUGGAUUGAUCUGAUUUUCGGGUGCAAACAGAAAGGUCCCAAAGCUGUCGAAGCCUUGAAUGUGUUCUAUUACUGCUCGUAUGAAGGGGCAGUCGAUCUAGAUAAAAUCACAAACCCCGUAGAACGGGAAGCCGUAGAAGGUAUGAUCAACAAUUUCGGCCAAACUCCGUCGCAACUGCUGAGAGAACACCACCCCAAACGACUUUCCCAAGACGAGUUGACGAUGAAGCUGUUAAAACUGGAACUAAAACGGCCUGAUCUCACGCUGAUCCUAGACCGCGUCAACAGUAUCAACUGCGAAUUUUCCACAGACAAAGACCCAGUCAUAUAUCUCAGCACGCCUCGAAGCCCCCCGCGAUCGUUUUUGCAAACCAGUCCGGACAUGCUAAUUUCGGUCACGAAAAACGGAAUCCUCGGCUGCCACAGUUGGAUGUCGUUCGACAAAGAGAAAGGAUUUUUGCUCGAAAUCGAUGCCACUACCUCCAAUCUGAAAAACCGCAAGAAACUAAUCGGCCCGUUCCAUCCUUCGAUCAAUUUGAGCCCGAAUCUAUUCGCUGUUAGUGUCGAUGGCAAAUAUUUGUAUGCCGGUGGCAUCUGGGACAAUUCCGUCCGCAUGUUCAAUAUGGCACGAGGAAAGGUGGUCGCAUCGGCGAUUCAUCAUUUCGACGUAGUAACAUGUGUCGCAUUGGACAGUUGCGGAUCGUACCUGGUGACCGGAUCCAAGGACUGCACCUGCAUUAUAUGGUCGAUCAGCAAUGGCAGCAACGCAGGUGGCGCUUCCAGUGGGGCGUCGAAUCUUCAGCCAAACACGGCGGCGUUGAAUCAGAAUUUGGCUGGGAAUGUUGUGGGCAGUGCCAACGUAGUUCAUCUCACCAACAAUCUGACACCGAAGCCGGUGCACACGUUGUAUGGCCACGAUGGGCCGGUUUCCUGCGUGGCGAUCAUGACGGAACUGGAUAUCGUGGCAUCGGGAUCAUUGGAUGGAACAGUAAACGUGUAUACUGUGAAAGAAGGUCAAUUCGUAAGGACAAUAAACCCUGUAGGAUGUACGGGAUCGAUAAUCGAAAUAUCAUACAUCACUCUCUCGUACCAAGGUCACAUUGCGUUCUCAGCCCUGGACGACACGUCGCACUCGGUCCAUGUUUUCAGUAUUAAUGGCGUUAAUCUAGGUUCCAAGUACGUUUCCGGCCGGGUCACAGGACUAACCACUGCAACCGAUUACCUGGUCGUAUCCGACGAUGCUGGUGACCUCACGAUGAGUCGUCUCUAUGGGUUGAAACCCAUCUUUGACAUUCCGCUCCAUAUUCCCACCCAAACGAUUGUGGCCACCGGGGGAAGUACCCACCUGUUGGCACCGCUUCGCGAUGGAAGCUUGGCUGUGAUUGGUAUAAUGCAACCGAUUGCAUACAAAAAGCACGCCGUUCUGAACGUUUAGAUCGAUUUUCAAGUGAAAUUAGCAUGGAUAGAUAUCUUGUCAGACUACUAUUUAUUUCAUCCCUCAGAUAUUUUUACCAAUUAGAAAAAUAGAAAAACAAUAAGCUUCCUAGAGAAAAAAAAAUACUUAAAUGGUGAAACUUUGCUACAUACAUACAUAAAUUUUAACUUUUAUAUCCAUUGCGUAUGGCAAAAAUCAGGGUUCUGCGACUACUUCAUACGAGUAAAGAUCCAAAAGGGAAGUCAGAUUAGUUCAGUCGGCUAUCGCUUCAGGUUUAAAGUUUUGACGAGUAUGUACUGAAAUUGUACGUAACGAGACGACUCAAUGGCGAAUGCAUUGGCUCGUGUAUUAGUUUCCGGAGAUUAGAGCAUAACAUAUUAUUUUAGAUGAAAUGUUACUUGAAAUGCAUGUUGUUAUUUUAUGGACGUACCUAUAGUGUAGAAAACAAAUAUAUUAUGACAAAAUAAACAAUCGUUGCAAAUUA